CUUUACUUUUUUUUCUUCGAUGGUCUAUUGAAAUGACACGUAAUUUCGCCUUCGAGUAAUUCGGUUGAUUCCAUUCCUUCUAUCCGUUUUGUGUAUAAAUACUCCAUACUUUCCCUCCUAUUUUCGUCAUUAUCUUUCUUUCAGUUCUCCAUUUUUCACACAGUUCAAUUGUGCACAUCCACCUUUGCGCUUUCUUUGCCACCGAACCAUACUGCAACUCACAAUCGUAUAUUUCCUCGCUAUCAUAUCUCAACACUUCACCAGCGCUUCCACCGAACACUUCGCCAACACUCCUUUCAAUACACUCACAAAUAUGCAGAUCGUCUUGGAACAAUCCUCGGCACCUUACAGUAAGGCUACCGUCACCAUUCAAGGCAUGACCUGCGCCAGCUGUGUCAGUGCCAUCGAACGCGCACUGUUGUCCUUACCCAGUGUUCAAAAGGCAUCUGUCGCUGUCAAUCUGCUCCUCGGUGCCGCGACACUCUUUGCAAGCCCAGACCUCUGCCCUCCUUCCUUGAUCACAGAGGCGGUCGAGAAUGCUGGAUAUGAUGUCCUCUCCUGCAAAUACACGGAACCACUUCGCUCUGCAGUAGCGCCGCAAUCUUCGAUCACAGCCAACAAGACUUUAUCUGCCCAGCGCAAGACGUCUAGUAUCUUCAGAGCAUCACUCGAUAUCUCGGGCAUGUUCUGCGACUCAUGCAGCUCCAAAGUUGAAGGAUUGCUCAAGUCCCUCCAGCGAGUUAUUCGCACUUCUGUCAAGGUCUCACUCGCGACCGGUCAUGCUCAGUUCGACUACCAAGUUCAACAGGACGAGCCCUCAAGUAUUAUGACCAACACCUCGAUCGCAGACAAGAUUCGUGAGUUAGGAUUCGAAGCAGAUCAUAUCAAGAUCGAAAAGAUCUCAGACGAUGAGCAAACGUUAUUUGGCAAUGCCUCAGAGGACUCUAAUGACGGCACCACUCUCACAACGACUCGGCUGGAUAUCUCUGGAAUGACCUGCGCCAGCUGUGUCAGUGCCAUUGAAUCAUCGUUGAGCAGUUUGUCAGGCAUCUAUCAAGUCCAAGUCAAUCUAUUAGCAAAGUCAGGCGUAGUUGUGCAUGACCCAACCCUGAUCGGUGUGCGCGAUCUCAUGGCGGCAGUCGAGGACACUGGAUUCGACGUAUCAUUGCCAGCGGACGAUGCCGCUACCAGUAGGAACGCACUUCAGGAAAAGAUCAAGCGCGAGGAGCUCCUUCUCAGACGCCGGCUACUUCUCUCGCUCGUUUUCGCGGUGCCAAUGUUUAUUGUGGCGAUGGUCAUUAUGAUGAUGCUUCCGAAAUCGAACCCAGCCCGUGCUAGUCUGAUGAAGGAAAUCAUCCCUGGGCUCAGGAUUUCAGACGUGAUCAUGUUCAUUCUGGCGACCCCGGUACAGUUCUGGCUUGCGCAACCGUUCUACAAGAAAGCGUACCGUGCCCUCCGCUAUACUCGCACCGCCAACAUGGAGACUUUAGUGGCGCUCGGAACCAGCGUUGCUUACUUUGCCAGUUUGGGAAGCAUCGUUGCUGCGAUGGUCAAGGGAAGAGAUAAGCACGAGGAUGCUCAUGGCAGCAUGGGCAUGUCUAGCACAGGCGUCGACUUUUUCGAAACUGCAGUUUUCUUGGUAACUUUUAUCAACCUGGGUAAAUGGCUCGAGGCCAUGGCCAAGGGUAAGACUGCCGAGACUAUCACCAAGCUCAUGGACCUCCAACCCGAGACAGCGGCUCUUGUCAAGGCGGACGAGACCACGGAGGAGAUUCCUGCGUCAUUGAUCCAGGUCGGCGAUAUCCUCUUGGUCAAUGCUGGUGGACGCAUCCCCUGCGAUGGAAUCCUCUGGAAGGGAAACACGAUGGUGGACGAGGCUAUGAUCACUGGCGAAUCGCUUCCUGUCCAAAAGAUCGAGCGCAAGAGUAAGCUUAUCAGUGCCACCAUCAACCUCUCCUCUGUCAUCCAAGUCAAGGCAACCAAGGUCGGCAAGGACACGACUCUCUCCAGGAUUAUUCAGCUCGUCCAAGACGCCCAGGCCAGCCCCAAGGCUCCGAUCGAGGCCCUCGGUGAUAAGAUUUCUGGUGUUUUCGUGCCGGUUGUCAUCGUCCUGGCUCUUUUGACCUUUGCCGGCUGGGCGAUCGCUGGACGUUUGGAUGCCAUCCCUGCCGAUUGGAUUCCCGAAGGUGAGAGCUAUUGGAUCUAUGCGACCUUAUAUGCCGUUGCGGUUCUUGUGAUUGCCUGCCCUUGCGCGUUGGGACUCGCUUCUCCUGCUGCCGUCAUGGUUGGAACAGGUGUCGCAGCCAAGCACGGUAUCUUGAUCAAAGGUGGUGGAUUCGCUCUGGAGAUGGCCAAAAGACUAGAUAUUGUGGUCUUUGACAAGACAGGCACUCUGACGACCGGUAAACCCAAAAUGACCGACUGGUGGAUUCUUCCCAUGUCCGUCAAGAAUGACUCCAAUAUGGUCCUUGAGAUUCUGGGCAAGGUUGAGGCUGGAAGUAGCCAUCCUGUUGCGCUGGCCGUUGCGAAGGGUGCGGCAGAGCUAUUACACAACGAUCCGCAAAGCAUGAGUGCGAUACCGGUGCAGGAGGACGAACAACUCCAGGAGGAGGACAACGAAGCGCGCUUUUUGCAGAAGCAGUUUAAUCACGUCAAAAUCGCUCAUAUGCGCGAGGUUGCCGGUCGUGGUUUAUCAGCGACGCUGACUUUGAAUGACAAUCUGGUGCUGGAAGGAUAUGGACACUUUCGCGCUCUGAAUGUGUUGGUCGGCAAUGAAAAAUGGAUGCAGGAGAACGGAGCACACUAUCCAGUCCAAGUCAACAUGAAGGAUCGCGAGGCUGAGCUUCGUCGUUGGCAGUCCGAGGGAAAAUCUGUGGUCCUUUGUGCGGUCAGUCCUGCGGUCAGCAGUAACGGCGACGCCGUGUCCCUCGCCAGUUUGAGCACGGCGGCGACUUGUAAAUGCGAGCUCUGCGAGUGCAUUGACUGCAACUGCAGUACACAACUUGGCUCUUCCAACGUUCCUUUGAUCAUUGCUCAAGUUGCGGUGGCCGAUACUGCUCGUCCCGAGGCCGCAGAAGUGAUUGCUGAUCUUGAGGCGCAGGGCGUUGAGACAUGGAUGUUGACGGGUGACCAUCCCACGACUGCACAGGCCAUUGCGCGCCAGCUUGGGAUCACCAAGGUCAUCGCUGGAGUCCUGCCGGAAGACAAAGCUGCGAAGGUAAAGCAGCUCCAGCAGAGCGGUCGACCGGUCUCCAGGCCUGGAGUGUCCAAGUUGUUCAAUUGGAAACAGCGCACCGAAUCAUCCUUUAGGCUUUCAAACAUCGCAUCCUCCGAGCACGUAACCGAGGACAGCGCGUACCGUCAGAUGCGUCCUGCUAUUGUGGCGAUGGUUGGGGAUGGCAUCAACGACUCCCCGGCCCUGGCGCAGUCGAACCUAGGUAUCUCUGUCGGAUCGGCGACUGAUAUCGCGAUCGAGGCGGCAUCGAUUGUGCUUCUGCGCGAUACGCUGACGGACUUGCUGGUGAUGCGGGAUCUGGCCAAGACAGUGGUGCGUCGGAUCCAGAUCAACUUUCUGUGGGCGUUCAUGUACAAUGUGGUCAUGAUUCCUAUUGCGGCAGGAGUGCUGGUGGCAUGGAAGCGGUCUGCAGUAAUUAACCCGUCCUGGGCAGGAUUGGCAAUGGCGGCAUCGAGUGUUAGCGUGGUUCUCUCGAGUUUGCGCCUACGAUCGUACCGCUACCGACCACGCAAGUAAAGGCAGUGAGCCUAGAAGUAUCUAUUCCCCGUUUCCGUGUAUAACAAGAUGCGACAAUAAAAAAAAGCGCUUUAAAGAUCAC